AUGUGCGGGGGCUCCGAUGGCAACACAUCAUUUCUCCGAGCUGCACGUGCCGGAAAUCUCGAGAAAGUUUUGGAGCAUCUUAAGAACAAUAUUGAUAUUAAUACAUGCAAUGCUAAUGGCUUUAAUGCACUACAUUUGGCGUCUAAAGACGGACAUGUAACCGUCGUUUCCGAACUAUUAAGUCGUGGUGCGCUUGUCGAUGCUGCAACUAAAAAGGGAAAUACAGCAUUACACAUCGCUUCAUUGGCGGGACAGGAAGAAGUUGUAAAGCUUCUGAUUCAACACAGCGCGUCAGUGAAUGUUCAAUCGCAAAAUGGAUUCACGCCUUUGUACAUGGCAGCGCAAGAGAAUCACGAUAGUGUCGUUAAACUUUUGCUUGCGAAUGGCGCCAAUCAAAGCUUGGCUACUGAAGAUGGCUUCACACCAUUAGCUGUUGCUAUGCAGCAAGGUCAUGAUAAAGUCGUUGCCGUACUACUCGAAAGUGACACUCGCGGUAAAGUUCGGUUACCUGCGUUGCACAUCGCUGCAAAGAAGGACGAUGUGAAAGCAGCAACAUUGUUGUUAGAAAACGAUCACAAUCCCGACGUGACAUCAAAAUCAGGAUUUACUCCUUUACACAUUGCAUCUCAUUAUGGCAAUGAAGCGAUCGCUAAUUUAUUGAUUCAAAAAGGCGCUGACGUUAAUUAUGCUGCAAAACAUAACAUUAGUCCACUUCAUGUCGCUGCUAAGUGGGGAAAAACGAAUAUGGUUGGAUUGUUGUUGGAGAAAGGCGCCAACAUUGAAAGCAAAACACGAGACGGUUUGACGCCGUUACAUUGUGCAGCACGUUCGGGACAUGAACAAGUCGUUGAUAUGCUUUUGGAACGAGGCGCUCCAAUCAGCUCGAAGACAAAGAAUGGUCUGGCACCGUUGCAUAUGGCAGCACAAGGUGAACACGUCGAUGCUGCAAGAAUUCUUCUUUACCAUCGUGCGCCAGUCGAUGAAGUCACUGUCGACUAUUUGACAGCUCUUCAUGUUGCUGCCCACUGUGGACAUGUACGAGUCGCUAAACUUCUUCUUGAUCGCAAUGCUGAUGCGAAUGCUCGUGCAUUAAAUGGUUUUACUCCAUUGCAUAUUGCUUGCAAGAAAAAUCGCAUAAAAGUCGUUGAAUUGCUUUUGAAACAUGGCGCAAGCAUCAGUGCAACCACUGAAAGUGGUCUGACACCUUUACAUGUUGCAUCAUUUAUGGGAUGCAUGAACAUUGUCAUCUAUUUAUUGCAACACGAAGCUAGUCCCGAUGUUCCAACUGUUCGUGGGGAAACGCCAUUGCAUUUGGCGGCAAGAGCUAAUCAAACUGACAUCAUCCGUAUUCUCCUACGUAAUGGUGCUCAAGUCGAUGCUCGUGCACGUGAACAACAAACACCAUUACACAUUGCAUCACGAUUGGGUAACGUUGACAUUGUCAUGUUGUUGCUUCAACAUGGCGCUCAAGUUGAUGCUGUCACUAAGGACAUGUACAGCGCACUGCACAUUGCAGCGAAAGAAGGACAAGAUGAGGUUGCUGGUGUUUUAUUAGACAAUGGAGCUCAGAUCGAUGCAACUACUAAGAAAGGCUUCACUCCAUUGCAUUUGACAGCAAAAUAUGGAAACAUUAAAGUCGCCCAAUUAUUGUUGGCAAAGGAUGCGCCAGUUGAUGCGCAAGGCAAGAAUGGCGUCACACCGUUGCAUGUCGCAAGUCACUAUGAUCAUCAGAAUGUUGCAUUGCUGUUGCUUGAGAAAGGUGCGAGUCCACAUGCCACUGCCAAGAACGGUCAUACUCCGUUGCAUAUUGCCGCUCGCAAGAAUCAAAUGGACAUCGCAACUACUUUGUUGCAGUAUGGAGCGCAAGCUAAUGCCGAAAGCAAGGCUGGCUUCACUCCUUUGCAUUUAAGCUCGCAAGAAGGUCACACCGACAUGUCAAGCUUAUUAUUGGAACAUAAAGCAAAUCCCGAUCAACAAGCACGCAACGGCUUGACACCAUUACACUUAUGUGCACAGGAAGACAAGGUUCAAGUCGCCCAAAUUCUCGUCAAACACGGUGCAAACAUUGAAGCACAAACCAAAGCUGGUUACACUCCAUUACAUGUCGCAUCUCAUUUCGGACAAAAUAACAUGAGUGGACAAACUCCUUUGCACAUUGCACAGAAGCUCGGCUAUAUCAGCGUGUUUGAUUCAUUGAAACCUGUCACUAAAGAAGAAUCAACAAUGUCAACAUCAAUGACCGAUGAGAAAUAUCGUGUCGUUGCACCCGAAGCCAUGCAUGAGACAUUCAUGUCAGACUCGGAAGAAGAAGGCGAUGCAAAUGAAUUAGUCUUAGGCACAUCCAUUGGCUUUAAUUUAGAUCAGCAAUCAAAUGGUAGUCACAUCUACCUUCCUUAUCAUAAUGGUGAUAGUAUGAUACGAGAAGACACUGCUUUGUCUGAUCAACCUUAUCGCUACUUAACAGUCGAUGAAAUGAAGUCAUUGGGUGAUGAUUCACUUCCAAUUGAUGUUACACGUGAUGAACGUGUUGAUAACAAAAUGGUUCAUUCAACUGAUUCAGCAAUGGCAACAUCACAUCCACCACAAGCUUUGGAAGAUUCCAUCAGUCCCCAACACGUUACAAUGCAACAAACAAGUGCUCGCAUUGUCACAGAUUACACAACAGCAACUGAUAACGUUGUCAUUGAUCGUCAUCCACAACAAAUCGGCUUCUUGGUUUCCUUCCUGGUUGAUGCACGCGGUGGAGCGAUGCGUGGAUGUCGUCACAGUGGUGUUCGCAUUAUUGUUCCAGCACGUUCAGCAGCACAACCAACACGAAUUACUUGUCGGUAUGUUAAACCGCAACGAACUAUGCAUCCACCGCCUUUAAUGGAAGGCGAAGCUUUGGCAAGUCGCGUCUUGGAACUUGGACCAGUUGGAUCGAAAUUUUUGGGACCAGUCAUUAUGGAGGUUCCACAUUUUGCAUCACUUCGUGGAAAAGAACGUGAAAUUGUCAUUUUACGAUCUGACAAUGGCGAAACAUGGCGUGAACAUACAAUUGAGAAUUCUGAUGAAAUUAUUAGUGAAAUCUUGAACGAUUGCUUUGAGCCAGAAGACAUCGCUCAAAUGGAUGAAUUAGGUGGCGGUCGCAUCUGUCGUUUUGUCACUUAUGAUUUCCCACAAUACUUUGCAGUUAUUUCGCGUAUUCAUCAAGAAGUCCACGCAAUUGGACCUGAAGGCGGUAUGGUCUCGAGCACAGUCGUGCCACAAGUCCAAGCCGUCUUCCCACAAGGCGCACUCACGAAGAAAAUUAAAGUUGGAUUGCAGGCGCAACCAAUUGAUCCCGAUUUAACAGCGAAAUUAUUAGGGCGUGGUGUUGCAGUCUCACCUGUGGUAACUGUUGAGCCACGACGUCGUAAGUUCCACAAAGCUAUCACUUUGAGUAUCCCAACACCGCGCGCUCAUAGCCAAGGAAUGAUUAAUCAAUAUUCCGGAAAUGCACCAACACUGCGUCUUUUGUGUUCGAUAACAGGAGGUACAACACGGGCACAAUGGGAAGACGUUACUGGGUCAACGCCUCUCACAUUUGUUAAUGACUGCGUCUCAUUUACAACAACUGUCUCAGCCAGAUUCUGGUUGAUGGAUUGUCGUAACAUUGCUGAUGCUACAAAAAUGGCUACCGAACUCUACAGGGAAGCCAUUCACGUUCCUUUCAUGGCAAAAUUUGUUGUGUUUGCGAAACGCGUUGAUCCGAAUGAAGCUAGAUUGCGUGUUUUCUGCAUGACCGAUGAUCGUGAGGAUAAAACACUUGAACAACAAGAACAUUUCACGGAAGUAGCGAAAAGUCGUGAUGUUGAAGUUCUCGAAAAUAAAAUUCAAUACUUGGAGUUGGCUGGAAAUCUUGUUGCAAUUACAAAGUCAGGAGAUCAACUUCAAUUCCCUUUCAAGGCAUUUAAAGAAAAUCGUUUGCCUUUCUCGGUUCGUGUUAAAGAUCAACAUGCUGAUACAGUUGGUCGUGCAUUGUUUAUGCGUGAACCUAAAGUUGCUAAAGGUGAAUCACCACAAUCACCAAUUUGCAUUUUAAAUAUUCAAGCUCAAGCUAUGUUGAAAUUGUUCCAGAAUAAAAAGCAAGACAUCAACAUUCUUGAAAACGGUUUACGUGCAAUUGGACGUGAUGAUAUUGUUGAUCGCUGUCUGACACAAACGUUAACCACGACAACAACAACGACAACUCAAGUGAUAAAACGUCAUCCAAAACGCACAAGUGAAGCUAAUGGCUAUGAAGAAGGUGACAUGAUCAAAGAUUCGGAAUCUUUAGAAGAGUUGACGAAGAAACGAUAUGGUCGUUAUGAACAUGAUGAAAGCAAAUAUUCAGCUGAAGAGAAAGCAAUCGAUUCGGAAGAUGACGAUGAAGUUGUUAAGAGAACAGUCGCUGAAAGACGUGAGAAGAUUGUUAAGCGUCUUUCUGGUGAACAGAAAGCUCCACCAUCAGCACAAAAGAAAGAAAUUGUUGAAGAAAUCAUCACAAUUAAACGACAAAGUUUAAUCGAUGACACGAGAGCCAAACAUGAAGAUGAAAUUCUAAUGCAGAAACCUGUUGAUAACUCUUACAAGUCUGCCGUUGUUCCCGAGCAAGUCGUCAAACUUAAGACAACAACACAUGACAGUUCAUCAGUUGACAAGUCUGAUUUUGAGAAAGAACUUCAGGACAAGUUCCAGAAGACUUUGGGUGAUGUCGAUAAGUUUGAACAUCAAUACAAACAAGAAGUUAUUCCAGCAACACAUAAUUUCCUUGCUUCAGAGAUUCAACAUGCAGGCUUUGACGACUCUCCAGUAAAGACAGUCAAAAAGACGACAACAAUCACUGAAACUGUUUCUGGUGAUACAAAUGGAAAGUUUACAACAGAACGUGAUAAUUCACCUGUCGUGAAGAAACGUGAAGUCGUAACAACAACUUAUACUGAUGAUGAUGGUUUCACGACAACACAAACUAAAACUGUUUACGAUCAAGGUGAAGACAUUACUCGAGAAUUCCUUGCAAGAGAAACUAUGGAUCCACGAGUUGUUGAUGAUAUUUUGGAAGAAGCACGUCAGAAAGCCGGCACCAUUCAGAGUAAAGUGACGACAAAAACAACAACAGUUCCAGGAGAAACCAAAGAAACAAUAACCACUACGACAACCGUACGAACGAUCGAAAGUAUUAAUCUCGAUGAUGUCAGUGAUGGACGUCGUGAUUACUCCGAUGAUGAAGAGCUCAUAAAAGGAAAGAAAGUGGAAUCGGGUAAGGGAAAAGAUUAA